AUGUCGAGUUUCCUCCACAAAGCCGAAGACGCCCUGCACCUGCACCACAACAAACACCCCUCCCAGGACAACCACCACGCGCAAACACCCGAACAACCACAGCAGCAACACUCCCACGCCCACCAGCAACAAGAACCCCACGAUCCCAGGGCCCCAGCACCGCCAGCCGUACCCCACGAAGGCACCCACCACGACCACCACGGCAAACGCGACUCCCACCACCCCAGCCCCGCCGAGAUCGCCCGCGCGGACUUCAUGGCCGACCGGCAGUACGACCGGAUCCUGAAGUCGCCCGACCACGGCGCGGGGAUCGGGUUUGAGAUGUGAGAAACCGGGGAAAGAAGAGAUAGAGAGGGCGUCAACGAAGAGGAAAGCGAGUCUUUGAGUGUGAAAUAUGAAUAAUGGAUAAUGAAUGGAAUACUAUGUUUUCUUGUGUUGUGGUUGUACGGAUUGUCUUGGCGGGCGAGCUUGGGGCUUUGGGGGUGAGUUAGUAAUCACUUUAUUGGGGACAAGCUCCGCCAAGUCGGGAUUGUUUG